AUGUCUGGCCAGGAUGGACGGCAACGCAUGUUUACGACACAGUGCCCGACGUACGACUUUGACAUCUGCGUCAAACGCUCCGCCUUGCCCCCCUCCUCACCCACCCCACUCUCAAUCCCCCUGGGCGAGUCUGCCACCGCCCUUCAAAACGAAACGCUCGCCCUCGCCUACCUCAAAGAUCACACCUCCAUCCCCGUCCCAAACAUCAUCGCCUCCUUCCAAGACCGCGGCGCCAACUAUCUCUUGUUCGAGAGACUCGAGGGCGUCAUCCCAGCCUCCUCCGCCCCUCCCGAUAUGCACCGCCCCAUCCUCUUCGAGCUUGAGCGGUAUAUGGACGAACUGCAUUCACACUCUUCCAAGACUUGUAAGAGUUUCGUCGAAAUGCCCCUCUUCUCCCCUAGGCUCGGGCACUGCCUCCGAACCCUCUCGCGCGCAGAAUAUGCGCCCGACGACAAACACUCCUACAUCCUAUGCCACGGCAACCUCUCCUGGGAUGACGUGCUAGUAGACUGUGAGACCUUUGACAUCCGGUGUAUCAAAAACUGGUCUUUUGCUGGUUUCUAUCCCGCUCAAGUUGAGGGGCAGUACUGGCGUCGGCCUGGACCGCCCCAUGCGCUCCUAGAAGCAGGGGAGGAGGAUGAUGUGGAUCGAGUGGUGGAUGUGGUUUAG